UGUUGGUUGACCGAAUAAUUAGGUCCAAACUUCUUUCUCCCAACAAUCCACCUGGAUAUUUUGCAUACCUAUUUUCAUCCACGGACAAACCCCAAUCAGUCACACAAUGUUCUGUGAAAUGGACCCUCCCAUUGAAGUCUCCGUCGCUCGAGCCAACCCUUGGCGGUGGACCCUGGGCUCCUUGAUUGUCUGCGAAAAGGCCGACGAUCCGGGACUGAAGCCCGGGGACACAAUAGCCGACUGGCGAGAUGGCGACAGCACUUUCUACCUCCGAAAGAGCUUGCCACACGAGUUGUUGGGGAACGAUACGGAGGCCGAUAGGAUCCAUGUCGGGGGAACUUCGUCCGCGGUUUGGCGUCUCGGUAACAAUGUAUUCUGCAAGGUCCGUGCCUGGUGUGAAGGCCUGGAGCUCGAAGCCAAUACGAUGCGGUUCGUGGAAGAGAAGGCCCCAGAAAUACCUAUCCCGGAGCUUGUUCAUACCUGGAUCGACCACGACCUCAAUAGGACCUUCCUUCUAACAAGGCGAGUUGAGGGGCAAACCCUGGAACGGGCAUGGCCGCAACUCUCGGCACUGCGUCGCACCCAGAUCGCCGACGACAUCGCGCGGUUCUGCGUUUCCUUGGCCGACAACACUUCGCCUCGGUUUGAAACGGUCACUGGAUACGGUGUUUACGAACCAAGGUUGAUGGAGAGCGCACCCAAACCCCACCCGACGUGGAAGCCGAGAACCCUUGGCCCGUUGUCACAAGAGGCGAUGCGUGCCUAUAUGGCCAAGAUCUCAACCGAACCUGCGCCAGAUAUUGACCCUCAGUUCCACUUCUAUCAUGCCGACCUCGGACCGACAAAUGUCAUGGUAUCCGAGGAUGGGGACCGCGUGACUGGGAUCAUCGACUGGGAAUCGGGGGCAUACUAUCCACGUUUCUGGGUAGCCACUAAGCCUGUGACUGCCGGGGCAUUCUACCUUGAAUGCGAGACUGACGAACCGAAGCUGUGGGGCCAACUCCUGGGCCAAGCACUCGAGGCAAAGGGUUAUCAGCGGUUGGACGCAGCGUUCCGCCGCUGGGAUAAAUCAGUCUCUUGACGAGGAGCGGGCUUGCAAAAUGCGCGCUGACGAGGUAAUCAUUGCGUUCCAACGAGAAAGGAACAGCUAGCUUCGUUCGAAGAUAUAUUGCCAAUUGCCAAUCCAACGAGUUUCCUCCACAGACGUGUACAGACUGGACUGACAGCGAAACCCAGCGCCGCGAUUCUGGAUACAGUACAUUUCCAAUUAGCUGCAGGCACUACUAGGAGAAAGCCACACCAGUUCUGCUUGCAAGAAGAUCUUAGCCUAUACUGCUCUGUCUUUGGACACCAUAUCGAGUUAGUUGUUAGGAUUGCCG